AGGCGAGACAGGAGUGCGGGGAUGGAACCUUCAUCACCUGGCGGAGUCUAAGGGCACGCGAUAGUACCUAUUCCCGAUGAGGAAGCGGCACCUAGGUAUGUUCCUGCCCUUCGCAAAUCUCAGAGUUUCAGAGCGUCCAUAGGUGAGCACAAGACUUUUCGUCACGUAAUCAUCGUACGCUCGUCUCGCCUCGCCUCAUCCUGCCCCUGCGUUUGUCUUCCAUCUCCAUCGCAUAUCCGAGCCAAAAAAUAUACCACGCAUUGCAUGGAUGUACCUCAUUCCCAUAUGCUUCUGAUGAAGCGCACACGCGACCAGCUAAGAUCUCACAAGCCUCUGCAUCUAGAUCUAUCUCUGUUAAUUUCCAUGGUUCUACCCUGCUGCGCAUUUCCAUUUUCACCGAACGCGAAACCUAGAGUCAGCGCACUAGGCAUUUCCCCAGCAUCAGCAAUCCCUUCAUAUAGGAGCAAAGCGUGCGUACCUGUCACUUCGCGCAGCCGGGUGAACGGGAAUCGUGCAUUUGCUAGGAUACGACCCCGUUUUCACGGCGUCGGAUUUUCUCCGCCAGACACCAUCCAUGACGUACCCGUGGACUUUUACUGUACCGAUUGGUGGAAAUCCUUCAACACGAACGUUGCAGGCUACCCCAUACUAUCCACUCUGCACCCACAAGCCACGAAAGGAAAUUAUGGGGUAGAAGUCCGGUAAACCGUCGUCUGGAUGGCAUGUAAUCUAGGGAAGGAGAAGAUCGGGGGAUAUAGUUCCAGAGUAUAAAGGUAGUAUACAUCCUUCGUU